AUGUCGGCCAUCACCAAGCAGAAGAACUUCAACAACAACAUGUACAAGUCGAAAGUGUCGCCCUCGCGCCGUCUCAAGAACCUCCUGAAGCCGCUCCUGGGUCACGUCUUUAAUCUGAAGAAGGAGCAGCCAAAGCGCAGCUCCUACAUCGCCUCGGCCGAGAAAGAGGCCGAGUUCGAUUGGCUCAACAACGACAUGGACAACAUGGCCAACGAGCAUCUGGAGAGCCGCCUCAUCGAGGAGAUCCGCCAGUGCGCCAAGGAGGAUGCCAUCAUCGUCUACAACGAGAACGGUUCCGGGGAACUGCAAACCAUGGACCAGGAGGACUACUAUGUUCCUGUCCACUUUGCCCGCACCAAUGCCGGAACCUUCUUCUGGACCUCGGUGCAGCCCAAGGCCAGCGAGCCCUAUGCCAUCGAAUGGAACUUCCUCGACCGGUGGGCCCAAGCGUGA